AGUCGAGUUCAGUUAGUGAUCGCGUUUAAACCACGUUAUGAGUGCUCGUCUUGCCACCGGGCACUUGUUUAAAUAUUGUACGGUCUGUUUGGUUCUUGUGGUUAUAUUCAGACUGUAUAUGCCCGAGUCCGAAACCGCAAUGCGUCGAGAAUUAGAAAAUGCUGUGUCAACACCAGGAGUGAACAUGACUGCACUAAAUGUUGAAAUGUCAAAGUAUUUUGUGCAUACCUCAAAGUGCAGGAUACCCUAUAUAGAUCCCUUCUCGCCGGAGGUCAUGGAGAUCUACUCGCCGCGCACCUUUAUACCCUGCUCAAAUGAAAGUGAUCUAGUCUCAGCACUCUACGAUGCCAGUCUGAAGCGUUAUGUGCUCCAUAUCAACGAACAAGUGGCUCAAAAGCUGCUCAACUCCAGUGACCAGGAAUAUAAUUGUUUCUAUCGUGAGAUCCAGCUUGGAAAAGAAACGGAAACCUAUGACAUGCUCAAUCCGAGUAUAUAUUUCUCACAAAACUAUGUGGUGCCGCUGCAUGUUGAGGGCCUGCUGCUGCAGUGCGAAACCGCUGAAAUACCACCUGUAACGUUGCAAAAAGAUGCCUAUAUGUUCAUUCAAUAUCAACCCAGUGGAAAGACAAGUAAACCGAAUCGGUCAAACACACCCCAGCCGCGUAAGCCUAGUGUUUUAAUGUACGGCAUCGAUACACUGUCCAGAAUAAAUGUGCGUCGCACAAUGCCCUCGGUGUACAAGUAUCUUACCGGACCCGGCUGGUAUGAAAUGCGUGGCUACAAUAAGGUGGGAGAUAAUUCGUUUCCCAAUAUACUCGCCAUACUGAGUGGAUAUUCGCCGGAGAAGGCCAAGGAGCAUGUCUGUGAUACGGAUAAUGAGGGUUGUCUCGAUGAGAUACCCAUGAUUUGGAAGUACUUUCGGAACGCCAGCUACUUGACUGCCUAUGCGGAAGAUGAGAGUGCCUCGAAUACGUUUAGUUACCUGAAGCCGGGCUUCACAAAGAAACCCACCGAUUAUUAUUUUCGUCCGUUUCUGCGCGCUCUUGAGUGCGAGGCGGAUAAUUAUAAUUUACCUGAUUGCCAUAUGACUUAUUGCUAUGGUCGCCGCUUGGCCAAUAGUUAUAUCUACGAUUAUUGCAGGCAGUUUAUGCAGCGCUAUGUGAAGGAGCGACCCAUUUGGGGAAUGUUCUGGUCGAAUCACUUCAGUCACGAUGACAUUUUUAUGGCCUCGGCUAUGCAGAAUAAGGUCCUCGGUGAUUUGAGGGCCUACGAAAAAGAUGGCUCCCUGGAGCAUACCAUUAUGAUAUUUUUUGCCGAUCAUGGUGUACGCUUUGGUAGCUUAUUAAGUUUGUCUGAGGGCUAUUUGGAGGAGCGACUGCCCAUGAUGUUUAUUUAUUUGCCACCCUGGUUUCGCAAACAAUAUCCGCAUUAUGCUGCAGCCCUGGCCCAGAAUCAGCAUCGCCUGUGCUCCAACUUUGAUCUGCAUAAUACGCUGAAGCACAUAAUUGAAAUUGGCGGCACACCAGAUGGACCAGCCUUGCCCAAAUCCUACGAUUGCCCCACCUGCCAAUCCCUGUUCCAUCCAAUCGCCGAGAGCCGCACCUGCCCCGAGGCGGGCAUCGCUGAUCACUGGUGCACCUGCAACCCGUACCGGCGUAUUACUAAGCUCUACUGGAGUCAUCGCAUUGCACCCCUUGUUAUCGAGCGUAUGAACGAUUAUUUUGUGCAGAAGAACCUAAGCCAAUUGUGCAGCAAUUUGAGUUUACACUACAUACACAAUACGGAAAUUAGAACUGGUGUGGAUGUUAGCUGGGAAGAGGAUCUGCCUCAAGUGGAUGUGGCAGUCUAUCGCACCAAGUUUAAAGUGCAACAGAAUGGUGCCGAUUUUGAGGCCACAGUCAUCUUUAACAACAUUACCGAGGCUUUGGAGGUCAAUGUGGAGAGCAUAAGUCGCACAAAUUCCUAUAAAGAGGAUUCGAUGUGUAUUAAUGAUAAAAUUGCUAAAUUAUAUUGUAUAUGUUUUGAUAGCCUCCAACCUUAGCCAUGUUUCUAAUUUAAUAAAAUUACAAUAAAUUUACUAUGUACAAA